AUGUACCCCAACUACUACCAAAACUUACACAACUACCCAGUGGCGGCUCAAAAUCAGCAGGCAAAUCCCAACGGGCAGCACGGUAACCAGGACUACUUACAGUAUGCCGCAAAUCAGUAUUGGACACAGACAGGAUAUGUGAAUAACUACAAUCCUCCCGCGCCUCCCGUCCAAACCCCAUUCGAGCCAGUCAACCCGGACGCCAUUAAAGUCACACUGCACGACUCAAAACUGUGGAAAGCGUUUCAUGUACUGGAUAACGAGAUGGUCACCCUCCCCAACGGACGUCAAAUCUUCCCCACUCUCCACUACAACGUCGCUGGUCUCCCGCACUCAGCAAAUUACAUUUUUGGGCUGAAACUCCAACGAGUCAACAAGAAUUAUUUGAUGGAAUACAGAGGUGGCGAGUGGAAAGAGACUGGGAAAAGUGUGAAGGCAGAUUUGGAGAGUAAUGAGAUAUUUGCUGGAGUCAUGGGUGGAGGUGUCAAUUUCAAAAACGCUAGGAUCCAGAGCAUUAGAAGAUAUAAUACAAAAGGAAAAGAUAAGGAAGAAUCACAAAAACCAAAGGCAGAUCAAAACAAGAAUAUUUCGCUCUUCGUCACCAGCCACUGCCGUUACACCCCCAUACUAUCAGUCUACUAUAUGCAAUCUACCGAGAAGAAAUUCCUCAAAUCAUUCGUGUUCAAGGAGACACAAUUCGUUGCGGUCACUGGUUACAAGAACGAAGCUGUCAGAAAAUUGAAAACAAACAAGAAUCCAUUCGCUCGACCGGAUUAUAAGGAGGAUUAUAAGGAGGAUUCUAAGGAGGAUGUUGUGGAGAAUUCAGAAAAGGAUUCAACAUGGGAUUCUGGAAUUUCGUCGAUGAAUAGCACAGUGGCGUCGUCAAUUGAGUCACCAACUUCUAGAAGGGAUUCAGGAGUCUCUUCUCAUUCUCAGAAUCAAUAUCAGUUUUGGGGCUCAUCGAUAACUCCAGGACCGUUAAUUAAAAAGGAGCCCACUCCCGAAAAUUCCAGAUUCGAUAUGAAUUACACAUCCGGAGGAGCGUCUACUUCUGAUUCUCAGAAUCAAUAUCAGUUUUGGAACUCAUCAAUGACUCGAGGGCCAUCCAGCGAUGUUAAAAUGGAACCAAUUUCUUUUAAUAUGGAUCUGAAUUCUCAAUACAAUAAUCUACCACCGCUACACUCUUGGCAACAGGACCCAUACCCGCUCACGGCCACUCCAGGACCAUCGAAUCAGCCAUGGGAUGAGAACAGCUUCGGACAGAAGCAGAACUAUAAGUUUUGA